AUGAAGGCCACAGAGAUGGAGGUCCCCGAUGCGCACUUCACUGUGGACAAACAGAAUAUCUCCCUCUGGCCCCGAGAGCCUCCUCCCAAGCAGGAUCCAUCUCUGGUCCUGAGGAAACCUCUCAUCCUCCACGUGGCAAUAAUCUGCCUGUCACUGGUCCUGGUCGCCUCCGUUGUGCUGCAAGCCAUUCUCUAUCCCUGGUUUAUGGGCACAAUAUCGGACAUAAAGACAGAUGCCCAGUUGCUGAAAGGUCGUGUGAACAAUGUCAGUGCCCUGAAUUCUAAAGUUGAGAAGAACAGCCAUGAUGUGGAGGCAGCCGGCGUGCAGAUCCGGAUGGUGGAUGCCAGCCUGGAUAGUGUGAAUGCUCAGAUCCUGACAUUGACAGCCAGCAUAGAAAAAGCCACUGCACAGAUCCAAAGCUUAACAAGAAAUUGGGAGGAGGUGGGUCAUUUAAAUGCCCAAAUCCCAGAGUUAAAAAGAGAUCUGGACAAAGCCAGUGCUUUAAAUGCCAAGGUCCGGGGUCUGCAGAGCAGCUUGGAGACCAUCAGCAAGUCGCUCAAACAACAAAAUGACAUUCUGCAGAUGGUUUCCCAAGACUGGAAGUACUUCAAGGGGAACUUCUACUACUUCUCUCACACCCCAAAGACCUGGUACAGUGCCCAGCAGUUCUGUAUGUCCAGGAACUCACAUCUGACUUCAGUGACCUCUAAGAGCGAGCAGGAGUUUCUGUACAAGACAGCAAGUGACUUUCCAUUCUGGAUUGGCCUAACCAAAACAGGGAGUGAAGGGAACUGGUACUGGACGGAUAAUACUCCAUUCAAUGACCCAAGUGCGAGGUUCUGGAUUCCAGGUGAGCCCAACAAUGUGGGAAACAAUGAACACUGUGCCGAUAUAAGGUUUCCUUUGCUCAUGUCAUGGAAUGACGUUUCCUGUGAUAAAACGUUACCUUUCAUCUGUAAGCGGCCAUACGUUCCCUCAGAACCCUGAAAGGACUUGCCCCAGCCCAAUGCUUGUUGAAUUUGAGGAACUGUCUCUUCUCAAUACGCCAGGAUGACUUUGUACUUUAGUUUUUUUCCCCCCUUCUUCAAAAUUAACCCCAUGGCAUCCUGAAGUCUGGUGUUUUUUUUUUUUUUUAAUGGUACUGGGGAUUAAACCCAGGGCCUUGUGCAUGCAGGCAAGCACUCUACCAACUGAGCCGUAUCCCCAUCCCAGUCUGUCUUGACUGGGAAUUCUCUGACCCCCCACAGGGGCAGCUGGAAUGGAAAGCACUUGGGUUAAGUGGGAGGGGAAGGUGGAGAGAAUUUAGAAGUUCAUACAGCCUGGCUAAGGUGCAUCCAGACCCUGAUCUCUGAGGCACUGCCUUAGGCUCCCCCAUUUCUUCAUAAAUGCCUCAUCUGCAUCACAUAAAAAUUACAAGAUCAAUGUCUAGAAGAGGCAGACCCGUUUUACUGCAUUUAAACAGUACACCAUGUAUAUCUGUAUCAAAACACCACAUAAAUAUGCACAAUUGUUUUGUAUAAGUUGAAAUUUAAUUUAAAUUAAAGAAGUAAGAAUGAAAUAUGAAAAGAAUUUACUUCAGACCCAUCAAGCAAUUCUCUUGAUACUGUUUGCUCAAGGCUUUUCCUGGUUG